AUGAAACUCAAAUAUUGUCAAUUCUUUCAGGAGGAAAAUGAGAUCCCUGCCAGUGUUUUUGCAAAGGAGCCUAUUCCCAGUGUUACAGAAGGAAAAGAAGAGCCUGUGGAUGUGAACAAAACACUGGAAGAAACCUUGCAUACAGUGGAGCUGUCUUCAGACGAUGAAAUGCCUCAUGAGGAAGGGGACGUGGAUGACAGCACAGAGGAGAAAAUAGAAGAAUCAAGAGCUGAGAAAAUUAAAAGGUCUAGCCUCAAGAAGGUAGACAGCCUCAAGAAAGCAUUUUCCCGCCAAAAUAUUGAGAAGAAAAUGAACAAGAUCAGCACGAAGAUUGUCUCACCUGAACGGAGAGAAAAGAUUAGGAAAUCCCUUACUGUACAUCAUCAGAAGUCCUCCUCUUCAAAGAGUUCAUCUCUCAAAGCGUCUCCCCUCACGCUAAACGCGAAGGAAGUCCAGGAAGGAGAAAGCACUGCUGAAACUGAGGACAGACCAACAGAAACUGCAAGCAACGACCAAGCUGAUAAUGACGAGGAAAUGUCAUUCUCUGACAUGCAUUCGGAUAUGACACCUACUACAUCUCUAACUGAAGAGAGCAAAGCAAUAGCCGAUUCUUUGGAGAAAGAAGCCAGAAUGGAAGGGAAAGCCAUGAUAAACAGCAACAUUGAGCUGUCAAUCGUUGAAGAUGAUGAAGAGUACGGGAUGCCUCUAGAAGUUUCUAGCCACAAAGUAUAUGAGGAGAGAAAUGAACCCAUCAGUGGCGAGACAGAACAAUCUGAUGAAGAAACAACCCAAGCAGCUGUUCUCCAGAUAGACCAAACAGCAUCAUAAAUCUCAGCCUUCCUUUAUGUUCCAAAUACACACGGUUUAGUUAAGUGAAUAACCGGUGUAUAUUUCUGCCACACGUUAGCAGUGAUUCAGUUUCUUCCAUCGUUUUCUCUUCAAUGAUAAUUGACUGCAUCGCAUUGGCAUGCAGAGUGAACAAAGUCAACGACGCAGGCUGCAACGUGCUCCACUCCGGCUGCGCGUUUUAGGCCAAUUCAUUGGUGGUGUUUAAUUUAGAGAUGCUGUCAGCUGGCAUAGGAGACUAGCAUGUCUAGUAGAAGUAAGCUGGUAAGCUGGCUUUCUUAUAGUUAGGUCAGGGAAAUAUAUGGCAAGUAGUCAGAAAACACAGAUUUUUAUUCUCUUUUCUUUUUUCCUAUCACAGUAUUUCAUAUCACUGUGAGUAGUUCUGCAUGUAAAUGUAGGCAUACCAAAGAGAACACUUUAAUUUAGGUUGCCUUACUAUGCUCUGAGUAUACUAACAGAUUCAGCAACUACAUAUACAUGUACUGCUUGUUUGGGGCGUUAUGCUGUAAGAUUAGAAGAGCAGAGUUAUUUAGAGAGUGAAACUGAAAAGUUGGUCCCAUUGAUUUCAAUGAAGGUAAGAUUUUGCCUGUAGUUUCUUGAUAGUCACUUAGAAGAAAUGACUGUGUUUACAUGGAACUGGAAAGAUGAUUUUUGUAAUUACCAGAGUUAGGAAGAUAUAUUACUGACUCGUAUGAAUGUGUAAUCAGCUACUGUACCUUUAAUGGCGCAGAAGUUGGCAAAAAAGAUUGAAGGAAUUUGAUAGAAACAUGGAGACAGCCUGAAGGAAGUAUGAAAUGCUAUGAAAAGUUAAAAAAGGCCUGCAAUAUUAAGUCUGUACUUCCAGCUUAAAGAGUAUAUACUCAGAUAACACUCAUUCCUUCUUACUCGUUAGCAACACAGUAUCAAACUUUGCACCUGCACAACUUUGUAUCUCAGAGUAUUUUGAAAGUAACAUAAUUUGUCUUUUUACAAAUUAUUUCAUGUAUGAAGCUAUAUCGACACAGAAGAGUUAUGUACUUACAGGGAUGUAAAGACAAUUUUUUUAAAAAGGUAAAAACGCUCAUUUAGGCAUAUCUAAAGGGAAAAAAAGUGUUAUGGAUUAAACUUCAUGGCAAGGAUGAGUUUACAUAAGGAUGAGUCUGCAAAGCCACAGGAUUUGAUCCUCUGCUAAGAACUUUCAUCAAAACCACCGACAAAGCUCUCAAAAUUACACAUCUGUCAGUUUUCAAAAUUCAUGGAAAAUGAGAGGUUGCAGAGUAAUUUGUUCACUGUGAAUGUUCAUCCCAGUCAUACCCAAAGGUAAGGGGGAGGGAAGAAAGGGAAGCCCAAACCACAGUUACUUUGCAUCCUUGUUUGUUUUUGCAGUAGGAUUUUUAUAUAAAUAUAGACAUAUAUAUUAUAAUUCUACUGACACUUAACACUGUGCUAAACGAUUGCAUCUUUCGAGUUGUAUUUAGAAUCACAAAUUAUAGGGUAAAUAAAAGCUACAGCAAGAAUACUAUUAAGAAAUGACUAAGAAGAGACAUUACUCCGCAGGAGUAAUAUCUAUAACCAGCAAAUCACACUGGAAAUCAGUCAAUACGAGCUUAGUGUAAGCAAGUACUAUGAAGAGUUAAGCUCUUAAGUAUGUAGUAUCAUAUAGGAGAUACUGUUUGUAAGAAAAAUGGCAUAACUUGUGCAGCUAUAUUUUUAUUUUGUAUUAACUGCAAUGGAUUUUGAUCAUUUUUACUUGUAACUAACUACAAAUAUGACAAAUAAAAACAUAACAUAAAACACA